AUGUGUACUUGUGGUCAACCCAAUCACCCAGGAGAGCCGUGCAAUGAACAUAAGAAAUGUAUCAACUGUGAAGGACAGCAUGCUGCUGAUUCUAGAGAAUGUCCGCGGAUGAAGGAAGAAGUUGCCAUCCAAAGAGUGAGGACGCUAGAAAAAAUUAGUUAUCUGGAGGCAAAAAGGAAAGUAAUUAGCUCAUCUCCCCGGGUGUCAUACGCUCAAGUUACCGCUACCCCAAGUGCUACAGUUAAUAAACUUGUUGAAGAACUCCUUCCUCUGCUUUCAAAAACGAUAGAAACACAGAUUAAACAAACCUUUGAUAAAUUUGUAAAUAGACCAGUACGGACAUUGACACCUUUAAAUCUACCUCCUCCUAACCAAUACCUAUCGGAUACGUCUACUCAACCAUCUCUUUCAGAAAAGAGGAAACGUACUGUUAUCCAAAAGGAUAAUGCGGAUGAUCCCGCAGACGAUACUGACGAAAGCUUCUCGUCACAAGCCAGCGGAACAUCCUCACUUGCUAAGAAAAAAAAGGGAUGGCCGAAGGGAAAACCCAGAAAGCCUCCAGAUGAUAAGACGAUUAGUUCCGAUGUAAUUGAUCUCAACUAG